GAUGUCAAAGCAGUGUCAUUCAGUUAAGGUUCUACUUGCGAAACAGUGCGACAGUUGAGCAAAUUUAUAAUGGCUUUCAAAUUCAUCCCUCUGUUUGCCGUUCUGGCCAUGGCCAGCGCCGGACUCCUGCCAGCCCAGCCCGUGUACCAGCAGGCAUUCCACGCGGCCUCCCCAGUCUACCACCAGCAGCCCCUGGUGCAGUACUCUCACCAACCGACCGUGGUGAAGACCAUCGCCGCCCAGCCCACCUACGUUAAAGCCAUCGCCCAGCCAACCAUCGUGAAGACUCUGGCCCAACCGACCUACGUCAAGCAGGUCGAAGAAUACGCCCCGGCUCACUACGAAUUCUCCUACUCCGUCCACGAUGCCCACACCGGAGAUAUCAAGAGCCAGCAUGAAAGCCGCAACGGUGACCAGGUCCAGGGACAGUACAGCCUGCUCGAUGCCGAUGGCCACCAGCGUAUCGUCGACUACACCGCCGAUGACCAUAACGGAUUCAACGCCGUCGUCCGCCGGGAACCUGCCGCCGUCAAAAUUGCCCAGCCCGUGACCAAGGUCAUCGCUGCCCAGCCCGUGCAGAAGGUGUACGCUGCUCAGCCGGCUUACUACUCCGGACAUUACUAAGCCCGGUAUAGAGAGUUCACACGCACACGCAUGUAACCAUCAACUGAUCAUCACAUUAUGCUAGGAUAGAUAGAGAAAUUUUUGAAAAGUAAAACGAAUUGUUGUUGACAAAUUUAAA